GAAGUGGUUCCCUUUGUGGAGGAACCAAAGAUUUACGCAGAAGAGCAAGAACUGCUGAUGGAUGGACCAGAUGCAGGGGAAUCUCCUCCCGUCUACCAGGAGCCCAUGGCAGACCGAACAGAUCUCAGAUGGAGAAGCUGCAGAGCAGAUCAGUACUGUUGACAUUUCAGAGGUCACACCUCUUAGUGACAACCUCCAAGGCAGAAACGCCCCCACUACCCCACCAGAGGAACGUAAAGAUACAGAUGGCUGGAUGAGUUUGCCUACGGAUAUUCCAAUGAGCUGCCCUCCUGGCCUAGAGUAUCUCUACUACACUGACCCGUCCUACAUAUUUAUAAGGAUAUGGAAUAUGGGAAGGACAAUCCCUCAAAGGUACUCACCUAAAGACUGGUUGGAUUUAGAUGACGACGAAGUUGGUGUGUCUAAGCCUGGACCAAGAAACCAGCGAUCACAUGGCAUUACAAGUAAGACAAACCGAUCGCCCAAUGGCUAG